AUGGAACCCACCCCGCGCGCACUAGGAUCUCCAGCGCACGUGACCGGCGGGAGAUACGCCUUGCGGCCCCAUCUUUGCGUUGCAUCCACCGACCCCUGCAGAAAGUCAUUCCCUUUGCAGCAUGGGAGAAGCUGCUUGGGAUUCGCUGGGCUUGUGGCGGUAACUUGCCGGCAUGGCCGCAGAAAAGCGCGUUUGCAAGCCGUAAGCGAGGUGGAGUUACCUUUAGAUUCUCUGACCGAAGUGGCAGGUAGCUAUGCCAAAGACUUGCCGCCUGAGAGGCUGCAGGCCGCAAAACGAGUCUUCCCCGAGGUGGACCUCCAGGCAGAGGGGCUUCGUUUGAUGAGCGAGGACCCCCCGGUCCUUCUGUUGGAAGGCAUCCUGUCCGACAAGGAAUGCACGGACUUCGUGGAAUCCAUGCGGGACAAGGAUGGCAACUUCCCCGAACGACUUGGCCAGGCGAACAUUGACGUGCCGGGUUGGCUCACACCUCUCAGGACAGCAUUUCGUGGUCUUCCCGUCCUGGACUGGCUUGGCAACCCAACAGUGCGUUGGACAUAUAAGAGCCGAUGCCUGCUGGACGUCUACUUGCAGAAGGUGCGCGACCGGUGUGGCCUGGACUUAAGCUAUGGGCAGGCCAAUAUCAAGCACUACCGCAAAGACCAAUGGUUACCGGUGCACAUCGAUUACAAUCGCGCUACCUUGUUGACCUACCUCAAUGAUGUGACCGAUGGCGGGCACACCCUGUUCCCAACUUUGGGCAUAAAAGUCAAGCCAGCAAAGGGAAGUGCGGUGAUUUGGAAAAAUCAGCCUCCUCUCAAGCAUGCUGCUGAUCGCGUGGUGCAGGGCGAGAAAUGGAUCAUUUUCUACAACUGGCCUGCUGCACAAAAUUGGGAAUAUGAUGACAAUUUUGAGUUUAACGCAGACUGUAUAGCGACGAGCUCCGAAGCCGCUGGGGCCUUGGUGAGCAUGCCGCCGCCGGAGCGAGUUGUCCUUUGUGACAGGCAUGCCCGUCCUGCUGACAUCAAGGGGCUCCUGCAGUGUUUGGCAUCUGUCGCCGUUGGAUCCUCACACGACUCAGGCCAUGUUACACCUGCGAGACAUUGGCGUAUUGCGCAGCUGUCGUGGGGGCGAGCUGCUCCCGCGAAGCUGGAAGUGUUGAGCAACCCCAAAGCAGAAGUGCUGCGAGUUGCUCAGUGGUCCCGCGGCUCUCGGCGGCCAUGGAGGAUCCAAAGUCGAUCCACAACGCGCCGACGCCAAGGCUCGCCCUUGCCUUUUGAUUGCAAGAGCACCUUGCGGGAACCGACGCUCAUCGUGCUGCAGAUCACUUCACCGUUUCCUGACUCGCCUUCCCGGCAGCAGACGCUCAAGGAGCUUUGGUCAUGUGCUACGUUGCUGACCGUUCUUGGCCCUUCCCGAGCAACUGCUGAGGUGCGACGACAGAUUGCGCAGCAGAAGUGGGCGUGGACAGAGCUCGCCCGGUCUGGCGGCAGGCGACGGGCGACCUGGUCACGCAGCGAUGCGCAGAUGUCUGGAUGGUCUUUGCUUUGGCGCAGUCAAGAGCCAACACUGCUUGGGCCGGAGCUGUACUGCCAGCACCUCGGCCAGCUAAGUCCAGCCUUGACGCUGCAUUUUCUGCAAUCUCCAUGCGAGAUGUGCUGCGUGGGCUCAGCGAAGGCUGCAAGGGAAGUUGCUUCAGGCCGAGCAGGAGAAGAAAUCACGAUGCAGGAGCCGUGGCGAUGUCGGCAGGAUCCUGGCUGUGUCGAUCGGCUAAGACGGCUGCUGUCCUGCCAGGAGAUCCGCGAGGAGGAAGUGGGCAGCAAAGAUUGGCUGAGCCUGCGCGAGCGAUUGCAACGGGCUCUAGUGUAUGCGCGCGAAGGCCUUGUCGAAGGCUUUAGUGAUGGGCUGCACGGGCAACUACACUCGAUCAUCUUCGAAACCCAGUUCGGAGAUGUCGCGUUAGACAUGGGGAGGAAGGACUGGGUUCGAAGGUUUCGCGAUCUGUACUCGCUGCACCUCACGGACAGCAAGCAGGCGCCUAGUUGUCUGCUUGGCCACGUCACACUUCAGCUUUUCAUGCUGUUCUUUGCAGACAGCAAGAGUCACGCCAUGUGGUUCCAGGACGGGUUGCACAGCGUUCCUCAAGGCAAACACGCCAUCCAUGACAUCGAGGCCCUGGAGGAGAUUCCUUUGUGUUUCUCUGACACCGCGGAGCUGGAUGAUUGGAAUUUGCCGAGUAUCAUGACAAGCCGUCUCCGCCUACUGAAGGCCGUCCGCUGGAUGAACCUUGUGGAGAGCGGCUGGCCGAUCUUCAAGAUCCUUUCCCUGGUGACUUUUCAUGGGUGUCGAAAGAAGCAUCGGCAGUGCCGAACAAGAUGCCCUUGGGUUUGGAUCAACCGGCUCAUGGCCCUUCUUGAGGAUGAGGUCGCCAAGCUGACCGACGUACUCGCCGGCCGCUACGGCUCUGAACAUUUGCGAGCUUUGGCUAUGAAGCUUUGGUCUGCCCCCGGGGCCGCCCAACUGGCACGGCGGCGCUGCGGAACUGGUGCCGUGGCGUUGGGCGCGGCCUCCUGCGCUGUGGCCAUGGCCAGAACGGGGCAGCUACAUGAGGCCUACCUGUAUCUCACAAUGACUGAGGUCCACGUGGCGGACCUGAUGUCUCGGGUGGCGUGUGCGCAUAGCACGCUGGUACAGACCCCGCAGCUUUGGGAAAUCCUGGGCUAUGUAGAAGAUGAGAUCCAGGCAGCAUCCCCAGUUGGCCACGGGCGGCCCUGCAGCCUUUCGUUCUGUCCUAACGGUGGAAGCCCAAGCCACGAGAGUUGUCAGUGCGAGCAACUUGGGCCUGCGGCUGUGCCACGCCUGUCACACCGCAUCUGCAUCGUCUCUACCGACCCUGGAGAUGACAGGCCCCUAGAGCAGAACGUGUCCAGACUCGUCGCCAAGGACCCAAGCGAUCUGACCAAUUUCUGGAGCCUCACCUAUCACUUGAACCGGCUCUACUCAAGGUUGCACGGGUACCGCUAUCACAGGCCGGAGAUCAGCAACGAGGCACUCUUCGAGAUGCUGUCUGAUGGACUGGAGCCACCCAGGCGGGUACAGUGGUCCAUCGUGCGCAUCAUACAGCAAGAGCUCGAAGACAGGACCUGCGAGUUCGUGGUGUGGAUGGAUAGUGAUGCGUACAUCGCCUCUUCAGAGCCCUUGGAGUCUGUGCUGCUGCAGAAUGGCCUACUCAACACUUCCGAACCUGGCCUACGCCUCAGUAUUCUGGGGCCUCGAAACGUGACUCCAAUAGUUUAUUGA